ACCGGGCUUGUCAAGCUACGUCACCGUGUCGGGAGAAGAGGCGUUGGAGCUGAGUUUCACCCGGUUGUCAUUCCCAGAGUAGGAAGAGGGUGUGAUCGACAAGUACCUGUCCAGUGUUACCUGUACUCUUGUUAUUGAUACAGCUUGUCGUCGAGUUUCAUUUGCCGUAGGACGUUAAACACUGGCUUCACUCAGGCGUAAAACGGAGAAGGCAUUAAAGAAUGUUAAGAAGAUCCUGACUCGUGGCUCCAACAUGAGUGUGACAUCAUGGUUCCUGGUCAGCAGCUCAGGCACACGCCACCGGCUGCCACGGGAGAUGAUCUUCGUGGGCCGGGAUGAUUGUGAGCUAAUGCUGCAGUCUCGCAGUGUGGACAAACAGCACGCUGUGAUCAACUAUGACCCAAACACAGAUGAGCACAUGGUGAAGGACCUGGGCAGUUUGAACGGGACAUUUGUGAAUGAUCUGAGAAUCCCAGACCAGACAUACAUCACCCUGAAGCUCUCAGAUGUCAUUCGAUUUGGCUAUGAUGCUCAUGUAUAUAUCCUGGAGCAGAGUCAACACAAAGUCCCAGAGGAAGCUCUUAAACAUGAGAAGUACACUAGCCAGUUGCAGCUCAGUCGAGAAGCCCUGGAGGCCAAGGUGAAAGAAAAGCAGCCACUCCAGAGCUCAGACAAGAGCGAGGACUCUCUUUCCAAUGUCAAAGUGCAGGACAAGGCUGAGAGAAAAGCUCACUCUCUGACAGCUGCCACUGAUACCCCAAUAUCCAAGCCUACUCCUCUGUAUGGCCAACCGUCCUGGUGGGGGGACAAUGAGGACCCAGCACACAAAAAGCAAAGCAGGAGUAGAACAUCUCCAGAACAGGAGUCUCUAGAACCUGACAAAGAUGUGGCCAAAUAUGAGGUCAACGGUUCUCUGUCCAACAGUCAGGCCAAGUCCAUCUUCUCCUACCGGCGGGAGCCCAGCUACUUCGAGAUCCCAACAAAGGAGCUCCAGCAGCGGCCUGCCAAAAAACCUGAGUCGCAAGUUCAUGAGGCUCCCACAAAGGACACCCCAGUUCCUGCUCACUGUGCCCCCUCUACUCCCACACCUCCUGUGGUCCAAAGCCAUGCCUCAUUCACCAUCGAGUUUGAUGAAUGCACGCCAGGGAAAAUGAAAAUUAAGGAUCAUGUGACCAAGUUUUCUUUCCGCCAGCAGCGCAAAUUACCCUCCACAGAAGUUGGUAUGACACCCACUGAGGUGAUGUCAGCAGAAAGCAAAGUUGCUGAUUGGCUGGUUCAAAGCAAUGCUAGCAUGAUGAUGAGGAAGUCGCAGGCUGAAGACAUCUACAGGACAAACAGUGACCCAUUACUUCUGAAGAUCACCAAUGCAAGGCACAGUGAUGAUGGUGCUGACAGGGAUUCAGGAGCACCUGUGAUCAGUGAAAAUGAUUAUUUCCAUUCGGAACACCAGAUUGGGCCCUGGGUGUCUCCACAACCACUGAGAGCCUCUCCUGACUCCUCCGAGUCCUUGUCCAUCUCUCCUCCAGAUUCUCAGUCCCUUGCCAGUCUUGGCAAGUCUGAACCUCACCAAGCCUAUGUCAUUGAAUUCUUUGAUGAUAACCUAAAAAAGAAGCGUUCCCAGUCCUUCAUCAAUAACACUACCCUGCCUGAGACCUUAACCCUCAGGCUCCAGCAGGAGAAGGCGAAGACAAGCCCAUCUGGGGAGAGACGAGCCCCGUAUCCAUCCUUCACCACUUCCUCCACUCAGCGAUUCACUGUCCCCCUGAAAGGCUCUGCUUCCACUGGCUUCCAAAGAGCUGGCUCCCUGCGAAGGGAGAAGACCGAGGACCGGAUCAGCACAAGCUUUUCAUCCCAUUCUAUAUCUCUCUCUGUAAAGCCCUUUAGCACUGUGGGCAGAAGAUCCAAACUAGCUCAAGAGUUCACAGCUGAAAUUCUCAGACAAACAAAGCAGGGCCCUUCUGCCACCUGUGAGAAAGACAGAGCUAGUCCGCCUACAGUAGCUGAGGCAGUGGUUGUAUCACAGUCAAGUCCGCCUCCAUCCGACACUCCCGGUCAGCCACAGACUUCCUCUCCUCUCCACAAGCCUGUUCCCCUUAAGGCCCCUGUGAUGCCCCUGGAGUUUCAGAGUGUGGAAGUCAAGAGCCCCCAUGUUGGCCCCAAAAAUGAAGAGGACGACAGUCUGAGUGAUGCAGGAACCUACACCAUCGAAGCAGAUGUCCAAGAUAAAGACCUGGAAGAGGCACGGAGCAAGAUUGACCAGGUGUUUGGUGUUGUUGAGAGCCCAGAGCGAAUGAACCAGAGUGAAGCAGAAACCUCAUCAGCAUUUAGGCCUAAUGUUCAGGACAGGGAGCAGCAUAGGCAGAGUAGCUGUGGAGAGGUGAGGCCAGCUCCAGAGCAGGGACAGAGUCUGGUGAAGUCAGCAGAUGCGGUAUUACAGGGGGCUUCUAAAUGGGUGUCUUGCUGGGCCAGCUUGGCAGACAGCUACACAGAAUCUGGCCCUUUGUCUCGCCUCUUUGACAUCCCCUCCCAGAUGGAGCUGUCAGGAGGGGGAGGUGCAGCCAUCCGCAAGGCCACGCUCAGCCGAAACCAUGACGGCUUCAACUCCGAUGGUUCAAGAGCACAACACAUCCUUCCUCAGGUACCAGCAGGGGAGAAGACUGGCAUUCCAGCUCCCAGCAUUCAUGUUCAUUAUGAUCUGCAUUCAACACUUGAUGUAGAGGACAAUAGCUUGGUCGUCCCCAGGUCUCAAGAUGGUGUUCACAGGUUAACAGUGCAGGAUGACGUAGAACCUGACAGCUUGAGUGACACCAGUAAGUCUGAUGAUGGUUCCAUCAUAGAGCAGGUGAGGAGGCCACUGUCAGACACUGAAGAGAAGCAGAACGAGGAGAAGCCCAGACUCCCAGCCAAGUCUACAUCAUUCUACAUUGUGUCAGAGGAGGCUGCGUCCAAGGUGUGCGGGGGCUCAAAACCCAGCACUUCUGAGACUGAGAGAAAACACUCAACCAAAACUUUCUCAACAGCCACUCUCACCAAGCAGAGAGGUAACUGGGAUUCAGGAAAAGUUUAUCCCAGUGUUUCGGCUCCCGUUCUGGGCCAGGGGACACAGAAUCUAGAGUCCAAAGAGGGGACAGUGGCCUCAUUAAUCAGACAAGAGAGCUUCAACACAGAGCGACCUAGCAAUUCCAGUUUGCCUAACAUCAGCAGCCAGCCUCUUCAAAGAGACCCAGACCCUGCAUUGUUCCUGGGAGUCUGUAACCAGGACACUCAUUCUUACCUCAAGGAGACGGAGGAGGUUCUGGCUGUUCUGGAAGCCAAGCUCCAAGUAGGUCAAUCAGAGACCACUCCGUCUCCCCUAAUGGACUCUCUUUCUGGGGAGUCUGAUGUAGAUACCUCCAGCACAGUCAGCCAGCAUAGUGGUAAGACCAAGCCAAACACACUGACUAAUAAACUGUCUGUUAGUGGCCUCCGUAGGGAGAGGUCUUCAGCUAGUAUAGCUAGUCAGAACUCAAAUCACACUACAUCAGAGAAGUGUAGUUCUCAGGGAGCAGACAGCAGAAAUAAGACAGAGUCUGUCAGGAGGCCAGUGGGACUAAGACGUAGUGCUGGGAAAUGUGGUUUCAAAAACCUGAGUGAUGACCCUCAAAGCUUACCUUACUCUGAUCAGGAGUUUAGCAACUGCAAGAAAUACACAGUGCCCCUCCAGAAGGAGGACGCCAAGACCUCCAGAGUGUCCCAGGCUUUGACUCGUACCAGCAGCUUGUCAGCACCAAGACCCACCAGGGCCUCCGUGCUCCGUCGUGCUCGCCUAGGAGAAGCCUCAGACAAUGAGGGCUCAGAGACAGACAGGCUGUCCCAGGAGGUGAGCAACAUCCUAACUAAGCAGCCUCAGGAAACCAAAAAGCUCUCCAGGCUGGAUAUGCUGGCCAUGCCUCGUAAGCGGACGAGCUCAUUUAACACACCCAGCGACACUGAGGCCUCUUCCGCCCCACAGUGGAAAGGCAGGAGCACAGGAUUCUCCAACCGUAGCGAGUCCAGCAGCAACUCAAUUCGAAGAGCCUCUGCUCCAGCACCAAAGCCUGUAGAACGGCCGCAGAAAGCAGCACUCAUCAAGGCCCCAAUCACUCGUGGACGUUCAAGCAGUGCAAAAUAUGCCAGCAGCACAGCAAGCUCCAGGAGACGACAGAAAGACUCUGACUAUACUUCUACCUCAGAUGAUGAGUAUGAUUCAAACCAGAGCACUCCUAAAUACAAACGCUCCCAACCUUCCUCAGCUUCCCACAGCCCACACAGUCAGCCUCGGCCCCAGCCGGUGGUCCCUCUGCAUCCAAAACCCCUUGGCAGAGAUUCUGAGGAGAUGAACCACGAGGGAGAUGCUUUUCACAACUGGUCUACCCACAGUGCUGAGAUUGCACGCUUGAGUCAAGACCUGGCUAAAGACCUAGCUAUCCUGGCCAGAGAGAUCCAUGACGUGGCAGGUGAUGGUGACCCACAGAACUCUGGAGCGGAGAGUUGCACACCUGUCUCCACAGUGACUGCUCAUGAACAGCUGGUUCAGCGUAUUUCUGAGGCUGGAUUAAAUUACCAGAGAGUCCCACCAAGUUCUGCAUCUACAAAGGAACUUAACCAGAGCUCGGGUGACCAUGAACAGAAGUCCAGGCAGCAAGCUCGGAGCAGAGACGAGGUCAUUGUGGACAAUAUGAUGCUGGAUCCAUUGUCUCAGGUCAUCGUGGCCAUCAGAGAAAACACUGAGCAACUUGCUGACAAGAUUAAGGUGCUGUUCCAAGACAGAAUGGAUAUCUGGGAGAAAAUUGAGGCAAAGGUUAAUUCUGACAGUGAAGUCCCUGUUAUCAAAACUUCCAACAAGGAAAUCAUGUCAAUCUUAAAAGAACUGAGGAGAGUUCAACACCAACUUGAGGUCAUUAACACAGUCAUGGAGCCCAGUGGGCAGCCUGAAGCAUCCAACGCAUCUGCUAUCUCCUCCUUGUAUGGAGUUCGAUCCUCCAAACCGCUUUCCUCGCAGGACAGGAGGACAGUCCACUCUGUCUCUAAACGUGGCGGUGGCCCAAGGCCUGGUGAGGGUGUCAGGCGAGCAGCUGUGACACCAGGCGAUCUCAGAGAGGGAUAUUUAGUCUGAGAUCUGACACACAUACACAGUGCUGAACUUCUGCUGAUCCCACAACCACAGGUGCUGCACCAUUUUGCACAAAACAUAACUCUAGAGUAGGGGAAGUGAGACUGGUUACACAGAACUGAACCCUGUCGUAUAUAUCCAAACCUGAACAGUGAGCACUACACACCUAUGCAGUGAAGUCUGCAGUAAACGGCCUCACAGUGCACUUGGUAGGAGGCCUACGAAUGAGGUGAUGACUUAAGGAAGUACCAUAAUACUUGAGUGAACCUCCCUUUCACCUCUGUAAGGCCUCCGAUUGAUACUUGACUCUUGUCCUCUUUAUUUGUGAACAAUAUGGCCAACAUUGCUGAUGGAAAAGCUCACUUAAUUACUUUGUUUAAUUGUAAAGCAGCCUGAGCUUAUUCCACUUAGGGAAAUGUAUUAAUAAUUGGAUUAUUGCUUUUAAUGAUCUAUAACAUUUAAGGAAAUAUUAGUCCAUUGAUGGAGCUGCAGUAGCACCAGGUCUAAGUCUACUGUACAUAUGUUUUCUUAGAACACCCUCUGCGUUUCCUUAUAUAUUUUCCCAUGUUUUUGCCUCUGCCACUUCUCUCUUUGUGGACCAGAUUUACAGAAGAAUGUAAAACAUAUUUAUUAGGACUCUUUUGGGGGACACUGUUUUGUCACUGAGAGAGACAGAACUUUGGGAGAGAUCACAUGGCCAGACCAAUCCAUAUUAUAUUACACAGUUGCUGCUGGACAAUUACUUGUGUAUAUUUUGUUCUUUUCCGGUGAGGCAACUGUAUCCAGACCCUUUUUAGUACAUUGGCGUUUUCUGUUUUGUCUACAAAUCCCUCAGCAGUGUGUGUCCCAAUAAAAAUUGAGUCCAUAGAUUAGUCACCUGGCAACCACAAACUCAACCGGCUAGUUUUUCCCAAGCAUUCCUGUGAGGGUUCAUCCAAAAACAUUUAUUAAACAAGUGACAGGACUCCUGUAUCUGUACACCAACUGAUCCUCCAUGUGUGUUGCUGUACACUAAGAACUAUCAGAGCAUUGUGAUAAUGUGUUUAUUUCCUGAACCACAAGGUCACUAUUGAUGAGUUGUCACAUGACAGGAAAAAUAAUGUAGUUUUAAGCUGACAGAGUAAAUUGUGUGAAACUGUCAAUCUGAUUAUUAGUUUGUGACAUUCUGUUCAGUACAUAAACAUCUAAACAUUUGUUUUACAAAUUACCUCUCAAUCUUGUCUUUUGCACUAAUUGUAGUACAAUAUUAUCUCCUCCACUUGAUAUGCUGCAAAAUGAAAGCUUUUGCUUCCCUGUGACGGGUUGUACAGUAAACAUCUGAUGCUGUUGAGAUUCACGCUGGGGGAAAAAGGCAACCCAGUACACCAGCAAGUUUUAGUUUCCCUCUUUCCAGCCAGGAUUGUACAUGUGAUUGUAUUUGGGAAGUACUUCUAAGUGCCACAAAACUAUGUGGGAUUUCUUGCAGCCAAGUAACAGUGGUUGUUUACAAAUCAAGCAAGAAUUGAAUGUUUUUCCUUUUCUUGCUCGGUCUGUUGCUGCUAUUCACCCUUCUAUGGAAUAGUAUUUAUCUCCUUUGCUUUAUUCCAUUUACGUCAAAGCUACAGUAAGUCAGAGAGCUGAGGGUUAAAUCUUGUCGCAUGUUUUUUUUGUUUGUUUGUUUUUUUUAAUAUUCAGUUUGUUUCCCUUCCUUUCUCCCAGAGUGAUUUGGUUGUAAUCUGAUGUCUUGUUAGCUGCUGUUUGUG